CGUGAUGUAACGGAGUGUUGGUCGGCGAAGGCUCGACGCGCCCUAGAGCAGUCGAAGGGCUCCGCCGCUGUCUUCAGUACUCGUAUCGACAAGCUGAGGCGUGGACGCCACCCGCGAAAUUUGGCCCGUGUACUGCUAUACCACGUGUCGAUGAGGUUCUAUACGAGUUUGUGAAAAGUACAAAGUGCUGGUUUUAAUAAAUUCUUUCAAAUAUUAUAAAGGUAACUUUCUUGAAAAAGUUUUGUUGAAGUUUCUGUGAAAUAAAAGUUUAUAGGUACGCUCGUCAUAUACCUAAUAUUAUGUAUGGAGCGAAACAUGUCGAGCAAUCAUCGACUGUAUAAACGUGAGUGACCCGGUUUAAUAUAGGUAUCCAGAGUUAAAAUGAAAGGGAGCAAAGAAAGUAUACCUACAUUAUAAUCUACAUAAAUUCAUGGAUGGAUCCGGAAGAGACGCGACCAGAAACAUGUUGGGAACAAAACAGCUAAUCGUUUCAAAUAUUCAGGCGAGCGUCUGGGUCACCGUAAAUAGAAGCCACCCCAGCGAGCCAGUCCAUAGUAAAGAAUCGUUUUUUAACGUUUCGAGAAUGAAUAACAGCAAUCCUUUAAAUGACGAUGAAUACAUUUUUGAUAGAACAGAUAUAAGAGCAAUAUUCAUCGCUCUUUAUACGAUAGUAUUUUGCUGUUGUUUCUUCGGAAACCUGUUAGUAAUCCUUGUGGUGACUUUGUCAAGGCGGUUGAGGUCCAUCACGAACUUUUUUUUGGCGAAUCUGGCUGUCGCAGAUUUAUGUGUGGGAGUGUUCUGUGUCUUCCAAAAUCUGACGAUAUAUCUCAUACCUAGCUGGGUAUUUGGAGAUUUUUUGUGCAAAAUGUACCAGUUUGUGCAUUCGCUAAGUUACACGGCAUCUAUAUUUAUCUUGGUUGUAAUAUGCACUGAACGAUAUUUUGCUAUCAUACACCCUAUAACGUGCAAGCAAAUUCUCACGUCUACCAGACUUAGGAUGGUUAUCAUGGGCGUAUGGAUAACUAGUGCAGCAUACAGCGCACCAAAGUUUAUUUGGGUUGAAACAAUAACGUACAACCUCGACAAUGGGCACAUGGAGACAAUAUGCAUACAGCAUCUAAAGAAAUACAACUCGGAGAUAUUCGAUUUGGUGAAUUUCGGAUUCCUGUACGUGACGCCAUUAUGUGUAAUGACGGUUUUAUAUACACGGAUAGCUGUGGGGUUGUGGCAGAGCUCGCAUGGGCUUCAGCACCUAGGGCGCGUUCAGUGCUGCGCGGCACCUAAUCCGCGCCCCGAGAAGAAACCGCUGAACUACGAGCCACAACGCACAUUUGUCGGGAAUAAGGAAGCAAAGCGAGCUGCGAAGGCACUUAAAGCCUGUCGCGACCCGGAGUCCCGCAACUGCCACCACCUGAGUCACCUAUCACGCAACGUCCUGCGUGCGCGGCGUGGCGUUGUGCGCAUGCUGAUCGUGGUGGUUCUCGCCUUCGCCAUCUGCAACUUGCCUUUCCACGCGCGUAAAAUGUGGCAGCGCUGGUCCAGCGGCUACCAUGGCACCGGUAACUUUAGCACGCUCUUCACACCGCUCACCUUCCUAAUUACGUACUUCAACUCUGGCAUAAACCCACUCCUCUACGCUUUCUUAUCCAAAAACUUUAGGAAAGGUAUGAGGGAGCUGGUAUUCUGCAAUUGUCGCGGGAAAAGGAAGAGUGAUAACUUAAUAUUGUUAAAUCCAGUGGGGGUCGGCCUGCGGCGUAGUUCAACGAGAUCCACACGCGCGAACUGCAGCACCGUUACCGUGCCGCCCAACGGAGACUCAUGAGACUACCGACGCCGGAGGUUUCUUUAUAAAGUCGAAGAUAUAGACAUUUCUUGAUUAACGGAAAGCACGGAUGAAGUGACCGAUAGCAGCGGUCUUUACACUAUCUCUAGCAUCUCCAAACGAGAUCUAUACGACUAAUAAAAAACUCUUCUACAUAUUUGGACUCUUUGACUAGUGUAGUGAAGUCAGUAAUUUAAACGUCUGAUAAUGUUAUAUGUUAUGUCAUCAAGUGAUCUCCUGAGCUUAAACGAGUACAUAUUUAUUUUUAGUAUAAUUAGUAAUAAAUUAAAGUCAAAGCUAAGUUGUACCUACCAAAAAGCCAACAUAUCGUGUCCGUAUAUAAUAUACAUCCAUGAUAAUUACUUUAAUUCGUGCGAAAAUACAUAUAAUUUCAAUGUAUAUUUGAAUAAAACAAUAUGGGGCACAUAAACUUCAAAAACUUAGUAGUUAAUUUGUGAGUUAAAUAGAUACAGGAAGUAAUUGAUCGGAAAGAGGACGUUAUACGGGUAACACACUUGAAUUGAAAUGAAUGUGCCAAAAUAGAUAACUUGUUCUUUAUCGAAUCAUGUUUACUGUAAGUAUAUUUUUCGUGUAUAUAUUCAUGUCUCUAUAAAUAUGAAAAUUAAAGUUGUUCGUU